UCAUGAAAGAUGGGAGUAAAAAGACUUAUCUAUGGUUAGAUUUUUGAUUGUUUAUUUCUCUUAAAUUGUAGAUAAUUUAAUUUUAGUAAACAUCUUUAGGUCUGCCUUAAUAAUGUUAAUAAGUUUCCUUGAAAUUUUAGAGUUUCUAGAUAAGGAUAGGAUCAACAAUAAUUGUAUGUUAUUAGCUAAUAGGGAUAGUAACUAAGCUUUUUAGGGUGGAAAUUAUGGAAAAAAUAAUAUAGAAAAGGGGCACAGUACUAUUAAAGGUAUUAAAAACUGAUGAAAAUAUUUAUUGGAAGAAUUGAGC